CUAGCUAGUGUAGCUUAACCCUGGUACCUUCUGUCCUCCUCCAGCCUCAGCCGCAGCAUCCUUGGCUCCCCGCAGAGGGUGCUGGUAGGACGCAGGGCCUGCGGAGGGAGAGGUCCUGGCCUGGGCACGCUUCCCGAAGAGGCCCCGGGACCGCCGCUGGAUGGAGUCGGGCUGCAUUCAGACAGCAAUGGCUAUGGGUCUGACAUCGAAGAAGGCGUCUGCUCGGAGCGUGGCGGUGGAGCGAAAAAACCUCAUCACGGUCUGCAGAUUCUCCGUGAAGACUCUCCUGGAAAAAUACACAGCAGAGCCGAUAGAUGAUUCCUCGGAGGAGUUUAUAAACCUUGCUGCUAUUUUAGAGCACAUCCUCAGCCAUCGCUUCAAAGGUAACACAGCAGGUUCAGGAAGCUGGUUCAGCUCCGAUGGGCAGCGCAACUUCUGGGAGUACAUUCGGCUGGCGUGCAGCAAGGUGCAGAACAACUGCAUCGCCAGCAUCGAGAACAUAGAGAACAUCAGCACGUCACGAGCCAAGGGUCGGGCGUGGAUCAGGGUGGCACUGAUGGAGAAACGCCUGUCUGAAUACGUGUCCACCGCCCUGAGGGACACAAGAACAACCAGGAGGUUUUACGAUGAAGGAGCCAUCAUGCUGAGGGAGGAGGCCACGGUUCUGACCGGCAUGCUGAUCGGACUGAGCGCCAUUGACUUCAGUUUUUGUUUGAAGGGUGAGACCCUGGACGGAAAAUCUCCAGCUGUGAUCGACUACACGCCCUACCUGAAGUUCACUCAGAGCUACGACUACCUGAGUGACGAGGAGGACCGCCGCAGCGUGGACAGCAGUAACAGCGAGGAGAGCAUCCCUGAGCAUCCUUACAUCCCGCUGGUGACCGACGAGGAGAGCUGGAGCAACAAGUGUCGCAAGAUGGAGCAAAGGUUCAAGAUCGUCUACGCUCAGAAGGGUUAUCUGGAGGAGCUGGUGCGCCUGCGGGAGUCGCAGCUGAAGAACGUUGAGACAGAAAACAAGCGUCUGAGAGCCAAGGUGGAGGAGCUGACGGUGCAGGGUCAGCAGGAAAAGAAGGAGCUGGAGGCCAUCGUGCUGGAGCUGCAAGCACAACUCUCUGCCCUCACACCUUGUGAUCCUUCUCAUCUGGCUAAAGAUCUUUCCAUCCCGCUGAUCAACCAGUGGUCUGACGUCACAAACAACCAAGGAGACAUCAAACUGUUCCGCCGGAGGAGUUUCCACAGUCUGGAGCAGCUUUCUGCUGAAGUCAGCCUGAACUCUGACUCCCAGAGGACCGACGGGAGACAAAAUGGAGACGCUGCCUGGAGCUCAGCAGGAAAGGACAACACUCCCUCCAUGUUGGGUCUGUGCGGCUCGCUGGCCUCUCUGCCGAGCUCCAAGUCUCUGGCGAGCCUGAAGUCCAGCGAGUGUUUGGUGAACAUCAGUACCGAACCCAGCCCCACGCUCUCCCCCAGCUAGGAGCUGCAGACAGAUGGGACCCACAUCGCCUGGUGAUGCUGCUCUGACCACGCCCAAGCACCUGACCAAACCCCUGCUCCCGCCAUGUUCUCAUCUCCGUCAAAUAAAAACAGGAACGUCGUGGCUUUUUGUACACGAGACACCGUUAUGAAGCUAAAACGAGUCAUUUUCUCUUUGCCUUAUCUUUUCAAGUUUGCUUUUACCCUCCAAACCCUGUAUCAUCCAACGUCAUAAAAACCUUUUCCAAAACA